AUGGAAAAUGUAUCACAUUCAAGUACCACCCGACAAAUCCACUUAACCCGCUCCUUUUUAUGCCUUUGGUUUCAACACCUGGGGUAUUCUGCGACUUUUACUGUCGGUCGCCCUAAAUUCGGGUCAAUUUUUACCCUUCCUGACACUGAUAAAAAUGCUCAUAUAGGCGAAAGUUUGAAAACCGAGUGUGGCGGUAAACUUAGGAAAGACCCAUUUAAAGCAUACAAGUGUCUUAUUUUUACCGAAUUUGUCUUUAAUAACCGUGGCGUACCGAUUCCAUUUGAGCCUCCAGCAGCGAAUGUUCCAGUUUCAAAGGGCGAAAUAACCGUCGAAAUUCCUUAA